AUGGAUUUAGACGAGCCCGACAUUCCGAAUGGACAAGGAUUUCGAGAGAGUCGCAAUCCCAGGCAGCCACAGCAGGCUACACUGAUGGAUUGGUGGCCUCAAGAUUUCCGUGAUCAGGAGGUUUCGUUUGAAAAUGGUUAUGUUCAAAAUAAUCAUAAUCGAGGCUAUCAAAAUCAAUUUCAAGGGCAGACCCGGCAGUGGCAGAACUCGCGACAGAGUCAAGCUAAAGCGUUUCGAUAUCGAAAUGCAACUCAGAAUCGAUCCGGUGGCUAUAAUUAUGGCCCGUUCCGAUUUGAUUAUAGACAAAACGGAGCCGGAGGUCGGAGUAAUGGCCCGUAUCGAAAUUAUCAAGACCGUUAUAGCCGUGAACGAUUUGGCGGCCAAAACCAAGCCCCUUUUCGUCCGCAACGACGACAACAGCAGCAACGAUCAGGUAAUCAAUACUCGACACAACAACAGAGAGUGCCGCCGAAUAAUACGGUGACCUGGAAACCGCCACAGACACAAAGUUUCUUUAGACGUCAACGUCGAUAUAGAAAUAGAAAUAGAUUUCAAGCUGCUCAGGCGACGAAUGAAAACUUGUUGUUGAGCAAUAAUCGGUUUGUCGCUCUAGCUGAAUUCGACG